AUGGAUUCCAAUCGCACUUUCUACCGCGUCCAAAGCCGCUAUUCCUUCACGGCGUACUCUCCUUACCAGGGCUUCGACGCCAAAGCCCGUGAUUACAUGCGUUACGAGCAUUGGAUCAACGCAGGAAAAUUCAUGAAACAUCUGGAUUGGAACGACCGAUCUUCAGAGCCAUCGCCAUUCAUAUCUGUCUUCGACAAUAAGGGUAACGCAAAGCUAGAAACUGAUGCUAUCAAGAGAGCUCGACUCCUCCUUCGCGGAAACCACCCGAAUGUUUGUGUGGCAGAGAUACGACCGGGGGAAAUGGAACUGUCCACAGUGACCUUGGAGUUCUUGGACAAGACCGUGGAGCUGCCGGUGUGGAAAGCCGGCGAAGGCGAUGAUGCGACAAUGUUCAUCUCAACUCUUAAUAUCCGGCGCCACUUGCGUGUUCCUGUGGCCGAAAGCCAGCUGUCGGAAUGGAUGAAGGUUUCGCACGCGCUCAUCUCGGUCCUGCUGGGCGCCAACGCCGCGACGGGCAAGCCGCUCCACCCGCGCGUUUCCCCGGACCCCCCGGCCGCGGUUCAUCUCCCCCGGGCCCAGUCGGAAGACAGCCAGCCGGCGAAGAGCCGCUCCGAGGUUCUUCAAGGCGCCUACAUUGUCGAGUUCGCCGACGAUAACGACACUCCGGCGAGCUUCUUGGAGGCCCUCAAGGCCGAUGGUCUCGAUGUCGAUACGCGCAUGGACCUGAACUACCGCUUCUUCAAGGGAGUCUCUUUCCAGGUCAAGAACUCGAGCGCGGCGCAUCACGAUAGCGCGCUUUUGCGUCGCCAGAUCGGAGGUUCCUCUCGAAUCAAGAACGUAUGGCCUGUGAGGACCAUCAAGCUUGACUUACCCGAGGACAAUGGCGCGCCCACCAAGACUCCUACGGCAAAAUCGGCUCGCGCCAAGCGUCAGGGUGGCGCCCCCGGCAACUCGACCCAGGACACUUUUUCUCCUCAUCUCAUGACGCAGGUGGACAAGCUGAGAGAUCAAGGUAUCACGGGCAAGGGAAUUCGCGUCGGAAUCAUCGAUAGCGGUGUUGACUGGACGCAUCCUGCCCUUGGCGGGUGCUUCGGUCCUGGUUGCUUGGUUGAAGCCGGCUGGGAUUUCACUGGUGAUGAUUUCCUCCCGGGAGUCAGACCCCUUCAACCCGAUGCCGACCCUAUGGAUGACUGCGUUGGUCACGGAACACAUGUUGCCGGCAUCAUUGCUGCGCAGCUCGAAGGCAACGAGUAUGGCUUCACAGGCGCCGCACCCGGAGUCAAGCUGGCUGCAUACCGUGCAUGGGGAUGUGCCGCUUCCUCUACUACUGAGAUCUUGAUGGCUGCUUUCAGUCGCGCGUUUGAGGAGGGAGCCGAUAUUAUCUCCUGCUCUGACGGAGAUGCUUCUGGCUGGGCUGAGGAUGCCUGGGGUGUGCUUGCGGCACGCAUCGUCGACGCCGGUGUUCCCGUUGUCAUCUCCGAGGGCAACGACGGCGGAUCGGGUCUGUUCUACGCCUCCACUCCGGCCACCGGUCGUGGUGUUGCCGGCAUCGGAGCUGUGACCAACUCCUUGUUCCCAACUCUCCUCAACGCCGGCACUUUCACCGUCGGCUCUAACUCGACCGGCAGCAGUAAGACUGACUUCGGUUAUUUGCCCGGUGUUCCCGCUCUCACCGGCGAUCUCUCACUUCAACUCUGGGCCGGAGAUGCCUGCAGCGCUCUUUCCGAAGAUACACCAGACUUAAGCAACAAGAUUGCACUGUUGCAAUUCCCGGACUCUCGCGCCACCGGCUGCUACCCGAACGACCAGGGCGUUAAUGUAGCUGCAAAGGGUGGACACUACAUCAUCUACUACACGAACGACAACACAACCAUGCGCGACGAGCAAUACGUCUACUCUGAUGGCAUCCUGGGCGUCGCUUCCGUCCCCCCCUACCAAUCUGCGCAGUGGCUGUCCCUCUUGAGUCAAGGUAGGAGCGUCACCGUCUCCAUCCCCGAUGCCAACAACACCAAGACCCGCCUGGAGAAUCUCGAGAACAACAGCAGCGGUAGCUACAUGGGCUCUUUCUCUAGUUGGGGUCCCACAUGGGAGCUCGACGCCAGCCCUCAGUUUGCUGCUCCCGGCGCAAAUAUCCUGUCUACCUACCCAGUUGCACUCGGUUCUUACCGCGUAAUGACUGGUACGAGCAUGUCUUGCCCCAUGACUGCUGCCAUCUAUGCCCUUCUUGCAGAAGCUCACGGCACCAAGGACCCCAAGCGCCUUGCCUCUUUCCUGUCUUCUACUUCGAGACAGCUUGACUGGUAUGACGGCACAUCGGCUCACUCCGACAUUCUUGCACCUGUUCCUCAACAGGGCGCUGGUAUUGUUCAGGCGUUUGAUGCCGCUCGCACAACAGUUGAGCUCAGUGUCGACUCAAUUUCUUUCAACGACACCGAUAACUUCAUCGGCAACCACACUGUCAACAUCAAAAACAAUGGCGCUGCCGAGGUAGUCUUUGAGGUCAGCCAUCGCAAGGCCGUCACGAUGUAUACCUUCCUAGAAAACUCCGACCGCUUGAGGGCAGGAUACUUCCCCAACCCCAUUGUCGAGGAAUGGGCUGAGAUCCAGUUCAGCUCCGAAAAGGUUACCAUACCAGCUGGGGCCUCAAUCGAUCUGACCAUUACCUGCAUCCCACCCUCCAACCUCAACGGCACCCGUCUCCCCGUCUACAGCGGAUAUGUCAUUCUCACAAGCACCACUGACGCACCUUCUCUGAACUUGCCUUACCUAGGCGUUGUCGGUAGCAUGUACGACACCCCAGUUUUGACAACGUCUCAGGUGUAUCUCGCUGAGUACAACGGCGUUGUGCCCGCGAACCGGACUUACACCAUCCCUCGCCCGGACCCAGCCAACCCUCCGCGGACUGACCGCGGUGAUCAAUCCGCGACUCCGAACGUCUACAUCCAGCCCACCGUCGGCACUGCCUCAAUCCAGGUCGAAGUUCUGUCUGUUAGCGGAGGCAAAGAGGAGAAUGUUGGAGGCCUGGCCGGAUGGCCUCUUUCCUACGUCACCCGUCUCGACCAACGGGCAUUCUUCAACGGCCUGCUGGCCGAUGGUACGGUAUUGGAGCCUGGUGUUUACAAGAUGAAGGUCAGUGCUCUGAGGAUCUAUGGCGACCGGGAGAAGAAGGAAGACUGGGAUGUGUUCGAGACAGUGCAUUUCAUCCUAAAGUAUCAGUCGGCUGGAAAUGGUACAAGUACGGCAUGA